AAAUUCCACCAACACUUGGGAAACAGUCAGCAUCAUCAGACAGCAGUAAAACCCAGAAUCGAACCGAACAGCCAAAAUCUCAUAGCAGAAUCUUUGGUUUAAUCCGAUCAUGGCUCAUUCCGCUCUCUCUCAGGUCCCAGUUACAGUGUGUUUCUCUUACAGCAGUGAUACAUCUCUUCCUAAGACCGUGUUUAAGGGUAAUAACGUAUCUUUCAACGGAAAAAAAUCAUGGAUUUCUCGUUUAUCUUCGGAUUUCAAAACCGCAAACUCGCGGUCAAAGGGAAAAAGUCGACCCGUGAUUUGCAUGUCAGUGGAACAAGCAAGCAAGGAGAAGGCUGCGAUUUCGCCUUUAAGUUUAGAAGAUGCGAAAGAGCCGCCAUUGCAUCUGUACAAGAAUAAAGAACCGUAUACAGCAACUAUUGUCUCCGUCGAAAGGAUUGUGGGCCCCACAGCUCCUGGAGAGACAUGCCACGUCGUCAUCGAUCAUGGGGGCAAUGUCCCCUAUUGGGAAGGACAGAGUUAUGGAAUCAUUCCUCCGGGUGAGAAUCUGAAAAAACCUGGUAGUUCACAUAAUGUUCGAUUGUACUCAAUAGCAUCUACAAGAUAUGGAGACUUCUUCGAUGGAAAAACAGCAAGUUUGUGUGUUAGACGAGCUGUCUAUUACGAUCCCGAAACUGGGAAAGAAGAUGCUUCGAAAAAAGGAGUUUGCAGUAAUUUCUUAUGUGAUUCAAAGCCCGGCGGCAAGGUUCAGAUCACAGGUCCUUCCGGUAAGAUAAUGCUUCUUCCGGAAGAAAAUCCAAACGGGACCCACAUAAUGAUUGCCACGGGCACAGGGGUGGCACCUUACAGAGGCUACCUUCGAAGAAUGUUCACGGAGAAUAUUCCCACGUUCAAAUUCAACGGCCUAGCUUGGCUUUUCCUCGGAGUGGCUAACAAAGACAGUCUCUUAUACGACGAAGAAUUCUCCGAAUACCUCCGGAACUAUCCGGAUAAUUUCCGGUUUGACCGUGCUCUCAGCAGAGAACAGAGGAACAGAAAUGGCGGGAAAAUGUAUGUUCAGGAUAGGAUCGAAGAGUACAGCGACGAGAUUUUCGAGCUUUUGGAUAGUGGGGCCCACAUUUACUUUUGCGGGCUUAAAGGAAUGAUGCCCGGCAUUCAAGAUACGUUGAAGAGGGUUUCGGAGACGAGAGGCGAAAAAUGGGAUGAGAAGCUAACACAGCUCAAGAAGAAUAAACAGUGGCAUGUUGAAGUUUAUUGAACUCCAUUACUAUAUUUUUCAAGAACUUGUCUGUACUGCUGUUAUUACUAUUAUUGAUUAUUAUUCAAAUUUAUAGAAAAUUAAAUUAUAUUUUAC